GAAAAUGUUUGCUCACCCACCCCUUCGAGGCAGACAAGAAGAAAGCCGACUUCUGCCACCAUCCCAAGCAGCGACAGCGGAGAAAACCCCGAGUUUUAUUCUCCCAAGCUCAGGUGUUUGAACUGGAACGGCGAUUUAAGCUGCAGAAAUACCUCUCCACUCCGGAAAGGGAGCACCUCGCCAGGGUGCUCAAGCUCACCUCCACGCAGGUGAAAAUCUGGUUCCAGAACCGGCGGUACAAGUGCAAGAGGCAAAGGCAGGAUAAAUCCCUGGAGCUGGUUGCCCACCCGCUGCCCCCACGGAGGGUAGCAGUACCCGUGCUAGUCAGGGACGGCAAACCCUGUCUUGGGGGCUCCCAACCUUAUCCAGACCCGUACAGCAUCACCGCCAGCCCUUACUCCUAUAGCUCUUACUACAGUGCCUAUAACAGAGGCCCAUAUGGUGCUAGCUAUGGGGGGGGCUACACCGGGGUGCCCCCCAACGCCACCCCCGGUAGCCAUGCCGUGAACGGGAGCUUGGGCAUGGCCAGCGCUGCUCAGCACCAGCCCUUGUGCUUGCAAGCCACCAUGCAAGCAGGAAUCAGGGCUUGGUAG